UCUACUCCAAUUAAUUAAUUAGAGGUCCUUGUGGAGAUUGGCAAGUGCAAUCAAUAAGAUGAUCCAAAAAUUUAUGUAUUAAUUAAAAAAAUAUUUUCUCGCUAAUUAGAUUUGUCUCCUUCUCUAUAUAUAUAUUUCAAAUCUAUCUUCUUCUCACAUAAAUUUAUUUGUGAUCGAUAUUAGAUUUUUUUCUUAAAAAAAAAGAAGAGAAAAAGAUGUGUGGAACAGAUGGUUGCCUUGUCAAGUGUUCUUCUGCUCCUUGUGCAACUCCAGAAAAUGAUAUUAAGGACACUUUCACCACUAUUAAUCUAGAUCAUGGUGAUCCAAUAAUGUAUGAGCCAUAUUGGAGAAAAAUAGGGAACAAGUGUGGCAUAACAUUCAAUGGUGAUGAUUCAUUGAGUUAUUUUGCUAAUGGUAAGAGUUUGUGUUGGUUCAUGGAGUCGAAACUAGAGGAACAAAUUAAGAGGCUGCACAAUAUAGUUGGAAACGCAAUUGUGGAUGAUUAUUAUAUUGUUGUUGGCACUGGAUCAAGCCAGCUUAUGCAAGCUGCACUGUAUGCUCUUUCUCCUACUGAUCAGCUUGAGCCUGUCAGUGUAGUUUCAGCUACACCUUUUUAUUCGGCUUAUCCAGAAGUGACUGAUUUUGUGAGGUCAGGACUGCACAAAUGGGCAGGAGAUGCAAGAACUUUUGAGAAAAGUGGAUCUUAUAUUGAGUUCAUUACAUCUCCAAAUAAUCCUGAUGGGGUUAUUAGAGAGCCUGUAGUCAAUGGAGAUCAAGGAAAAUUAAUCUAUGAUUUAGUUUAUUAUUGGCCGCAAUACACUGCUAUUACCAUACCUGCCAACCAUGAUGUUAUGCUCUUCACUAUUUCCAAAUGUACUGGUCAUGCUGGUUCUAGAAUUGGUUGGGCACUUGUUAAGGACAAAGAGGUGGCAAGGAAAAUGACAAAGUUUAUGGAGAUUAGUACAAUCGGUGUAUGUAAGGAAGCUCAACUUAGAGCUGCUAAGAUUCUUAAAGUGGUCUCUGAUAGUUGUUUGGAUCCCAAAAUGGAAAAUUUCUUCGAAUAUAGUCAGUCUCUUAUGACUAACAGGUGGCAGAGGUUAAGACAAGUUGUUAUGGCUAGUGAUUUUUUUGUCCUCCAGAAAUACCCUCUUCAAUAUUGCCUUUUCACAAAAGACUUUUGUGAAGCACACCCUGCGUUUGCAUGGCUAAUUUGCAAAGGAAGUGAAGAGGAGGAUUGUCAAAAGCUUCUUAAAGAACACAAGAUUCAUACAAGGAGUGGAAGAAGAUUUGGAAGUGAUUUAAGAACUGUUAGGGUAAGUAUGUUGAGUAGAGACGAAGACUUCAACAUCUUUCUGGAGAGGCUUAUGGCUAUUCGAGGACCUACAAAUUGAAAUUAAGACACAUUUAUGCAUGAAAUAUUACUUAGUUAAAUUAAAUAAAUAUCAGCUUUUAGGAAAAUAUUCUAGGUAUAAGUGGUAAUAGAUAGAAUUUAUAAUGUCAUUUACUGUUUGCAACAAUGGAACUUUGAUUUUUAAUGUGUUGAAGAGUAGAAUAUUUUCUUCAAUUGAUGGAACUUGGUUGAUUAAUACCAAAAAGAGUUUCUAAAAUAGAAGAGGGCCGAUAAUAGUACUUUUUGGUCUCA